UGCAUCCUCGUCGACCGCUGCGGACCCGUAGGGAAGCGGUUCGGGCGCAGGCCGGGUGGUGUGGUCUCCUGCCUGGACAGUGUGAACGAACAAUGCAGAAGGACUCCGGCCCACUAGUGCCUUUGCAUUGGAUUGGCUUUGGCUAUGCAGCACUGGUUGCUUCUGGUGGGAUCCUUGGCUAUGCCAAAGCAGGUAGUGUCCCAUCCCUGGCUGCUGGGCUCCUCUUCGGUGGUUUAGCAGGCUUGGGUGCUUAUCAGCUGUCUCAGGACCCAAAGAACGUUUGGGUUUUCCUAGUUACAUCUGGAACCUUGGCUGGCAUUAUGGGAAUGAGAUUCUACCACUCUGGAAAAUUUAUGCCUGCAGGCUUCAUUGCAGGUGCCAGUUUGCUGAUGGUCGCCAAACUUGGAAUUAGUGUGCUCAAUAGACCCCAUUGAUCAUAGUCAUGUCCCAGCUUGGGCUCAUGAAGAAUUUUAAAACUUCCACUAUUUUUAUUAAGAGAAAUAAAUGGAGCAUUUUCACAUAUACUGAUAUUUUACUUAAAAGAAAAAAGAUACUGAACUUGGCAGAGAAAAUUAUCAGUCAUUAUUACAACCCU